UUCUGUCUUCUCCUCCCCUUCUCUCUCCCUCGCGAGAUUUUGCUUUUGUUAUUACCCCUAGCUUGACCUAACUCCUCCAUCGCUCUCCUCCAGCUUGGCUAGAACAGGAACCAUUGUUAAUUAUACGUGGUGUCUGUGUUUUUGCUCAAGCUGCUACAUCACCUUGACAGUUCUUGUACAAGAAAGGAAGUUGAUAUGGCGUCAUUUCGAGCUUUUUGGAACAGUCCUGUUGGCCCUAAAACCACACAUUUCUGGGGUCCUGUAGCCAAUUGGGGAUUUGUUGUUGCGGGACUUGUAGACACACAGAAACCCCCAGAAAUGAUUUCUGGCAAUAUGACUGCAGCUAUGUGUGUAUACUCUGGACUGUUUAUGAGGUUUGCAUGGAUGGUACAACCUCGCAACUAUCUCCUUUUGGGAUGCCAUGCCUCAAACGAGACAGUGCAACUGUAUCAACUAUCGCGUUGGGCAAAAGGCCAGGGGUACUUGGAGUCAAAAGAAGAGAAGGCUGCAUCCAAGUGAUCUGGUUGCUUCGGUUGCUUUCUGCAUUAUUGACUCCUGGUUGGUUCCUGCAGCUGUCUGAAAUUAUCUGUGCAUCGUUAAACAUCUGACAAGCAAAAUAGUGCUGGAUAAUCUGCCUUUCUAUAUUUGCCAAUUAUAUAAUAAUUGAUUUUGACUUUGAGUAAAAAUUCAAGAUUCUGAAAUUCUGGCCAAUACUUUUGUAUUGUUCCUUCAAGAAAAGUAUACUCUUUAUGCUGACCAUGCAGAAGCCACAAUGCAGACUCUCAACAUUCACAACUUGAA